CAUUUAGUUUAACACCGACUAUCGCAGCAAGCCUACCUCAAGCCAUAAUGAUUUAGGCUUCCUAAAUGCGUUAUAACAUUGUGAACAGCCCGAGUCACUUAUGUGAACAUUAAUUUUAACAUCUCUGAUACAUGCCACGCAAGUAGUACAGUGUGCAUGUGGGACAAUGUGUUCUUCUGUUGUCUGAGAGUUGAUUGACAGCUUUUAGGUGUGUUAUUGGCAGCGUGAGCCACCCUCUGGUUACAUGAACGUGUCACCACCGCAUCAGCACCGAAAACAUGGGGAAUUUUUUAAAGACAAUAAUCGCACAACCUAUUCAAUAUUCUAUAAUUAAAUCAACUAAUUGAAUAUUCGAAAAUCGUGAAAUGUCCCUACCCUGAAUCAAGUCGUAUUGUAAUCAUGUCGCAGAAUUUUUUGAGGUAUCAGCAAAUAUCGUAUCACUGGCUAUAAGAAUCGAUAUUGUAUUGUGAUGAACCGUCUGAUUUACACCUCUAGUAACAGUAUAUUGGAUCCAUGCAUUCGGUCUGAAAGUGAUAGCAGCCUAGUAAACCUGCUGCCGUCUGUGUCAUUACUGUUAAUCAAGUCAAGUCAAGUCACCUUUAUUUAUAUAGCGCUUUUUACAAUGCAGAUUGUGUCAAAGCAGCUUUACAGUGAUAACUGGUAAAUAAUUUUGGCUACACAGCAGCUCUUAAAGAAAAUGGUGUCAUUGACCAGCUUAAAUAAAUUCAGUAUUGAUUCAAUUGAUCUAUAUAUCAGCACUGGAGAAAACAGUGAUGUCGUCGUCCAGCUCAGUUCAGUUCGCAUACAAUGGUGUCAAUGCAGGCAGAUCAAAAACAUUGUUGAAUAUCAAUUGUCAAGUGUCCCCAACUAAGCAAGCCAGAGGAGACAGCGGCAAGGAACCCAAACUCCAUCAGGUGACGUCAGGUGACAAACAGUGUCAGACGAGUCCGAAGAAAUCCACUGCAGCCACCUCUGAGCCUGUUGAGGAGAUGCCAUCCAUACAAAUCAAGUCAGAGCCAGAAGAGGUGGAGUGUAUGGUGAAAGAAGAGCCGUUAGACGAUUGUCCUGAGCCCACAGACCUCAAAAUCAAAUCCUCACCCCCUCCGCUCUGUGACAUCAGCACCCAAAACAACGAUGACGACCAGACGGAACCUGUGGACCUGUCCCUCAACAAGCCCCGCCCCUCCCUUCCGGUAGCCACGGCGACCUCCACUCCUGCAAACCCGCCUCUCCAAAACAUCACGGCAAGUGCCACCAUCCCGGCGGUGCUGUCACCAGGCUCCAUACUGGCAUCUACGCAAGGGGUCGGAGGUCAGCAGAUCCUCCAUGUCAUCCACACCAUACCCUCCGUGAACAUGCCCAGUAAAGUGGGGCAGCUGCAAACCAUCCCCGUGGUGGUACAAUCCUUACCAGUGGUCUAUACAACCGUACCCACAGAUGGAGUGGCCACUGCCGCCAUCACUGUACCUCUCAUCGGAAGCGACGGCCGGUCGGAGGGAUCAGUGCGUAUAAAACCAGGCUCAACCUCUCCAGUGGAGUAUCAGUCUGACAGUGAUGCUGAAAGCGGCACAGAGUCUGGAUCGGCCUCUUUUAGCACGCAAGGGAUGGACCCCAGUAUGAAUACAGAUGUGGACAUCCAAGUUGACCCCGACUCGCCGGACAUGAAGAGAAGACGUGUGCACAUGUGCGAUUAUGAUGGCUGCAAUAAAGUCUACACCAAGAGCUCGCAUCUGAAAGCCCACCGGAGAAUACACACAGGUGAAAAGCCAUACCAGUGCACAUGGGAGGGCUGUACCUGGCGCUUUGCCCGCUCUGACGAGCUGACGCGACACUUUCGCAAGCACACUGGCAUCAAACCCUUUCGCUGCACCGACUGCGAUCGCAGCUUCUCCCGCUCUGACCACCUGGCACUUCACCGACGGCGCCACGUAAUGAUGUGAAACACUUUAUGCGCCACCCUCCCCAGCCCUCACCUCCCUGCCUGCUCCUCAGGAGACAUGCGCGCCCAUCCGGGGAUUCCAAACGCUGUUGACGCCACCUCCCCAGUCUCCGGAUACGAACAUAUGUGUUGAAUAUGGAGAAGGGGUGGCGCAAUCAUAUUGGUUACCCCUCAUGGUCAGAACAUGUCUGCAGUUUUCUGCCAAGCUUCUAAAAGCCACAAAUCACCCGUCCACUGGUGACCUUCAUCUCCAUCUCAAUGCCUGAUCAUUAGCCGUUACUUGAAGGGACUAUAAGAAAGGCAAACCGCUCGCAGCAUUGCUAUAAGCAGAGAGUGAAGAUUGGGGAAGGUACCCCUUAUUGAGAUGAUUCUUUUGAAACAAGUAUAGAAGUUUAUGAGAAAGUAAAGGAUUUUAUGCAAGAUGGUUAGGAAAAAUUAGAGUUAUGUAAUAAAUUUGGUCAUUUUAAUGAGAUACAAGGGUUGGAUAUACAUCUGCAGCUGCCUUUUCGAAUUCUUACAUUUUAUCUGAACUUUUUGUUGUCCUAAAUUUGUAUACAAAGCUCUACAUGCAUCUUAGGGCCUAUACGUUUCUGUGUGGAUGGAAGUUAACAUAGAGUGCAUUGUAAAGACAGCUGAAGAUGUACCUUGAUUUAGAUUUUUUUUAAUUUUUUUUAUAUAAAUAGUUUUGAUUUGAGUUUUGAAAUGAGAAGUAGAGGCAGGGGGCUGACAAGACUGUGAAUUUUUGUAAAAUAUUUUUCUUGAUUAGUAUGUGUUGUCUAAGCUUCUUCCCAAAAAUAGUUUGGCGCAAAAAACAGUAUUUCUUUUUUUCUUUUUCUUUUUUAAGACAAUUUUAUUGCCAAUAAUGGCGUCUAACAUAAAGAACACCUUUUGAUAGGUGUUAAUCUAACCUUCAGAUAUUAUUUCAUAAGGCUGUGAAAAACAUUAAAAAAAAAACAACAUAACUCACAGGGAAAGGGGGAUCUUACUAAAUUGGUGUGUAUGUGUGUGUAUGUGUGUGUAUGUCUGUGUACGUCUGUGUAUAAGCACACUUGUUUGCAUAUUUGUAAAGAAGACAUAAUCAGAGAUAUAAUAGUAGAGAUGUCUAGAUGCAUUGUUACUCCUAGCCCAUCAGAGCCUUAAUUGAAGUAAAUGUGCAAAUUUGAUUUGCGCAACAGGUUUUCAGAGUUCCUCAGGGUUCGAUACUGGGACCCCUAUUUUUGUGAGGCACCUUGAAAAUCCCUAUUUGCACCUAGUUCACAGUGACAAAACAUGUCUUAACAGUUUCUGCCAUGAUAUGCAUGAUAUGCAAAAAUAACCCCUCAACCUCCAACAAAAUGUUAAAGUUAUUGGACAGUGAUAUUAUGAAAAUGUUGGGCAGAGUCCAUAUAAAUCUGAGGAGAGGGUAUCCUGGACACUUCUUCCCUCUAGCUAGCACUCAUUGCCAUGGUCAUAAUUUCAAUGGCUAGCAGCUAAGCAAGUGCGCAUUAUGCCUUUUUCAGAAGAAACGCUUGUUUGAUUCCAGCCUUUGAGAGUUAAGUGCAUGUCUGCAGCAGCUGCACGAUCUUUGGUCCAGAGAGCAAUGUAGUCGCAAGUUUGUAUUGUUCUCUCGCUUCAACUCAAACGUUACUAAGCACAUCUUUCUAGAAGAGUAUAUGCAUUUGAUUGCGAUCCCUUUCUUUUUUAAAACUGUUCAUAGACAUACAGACAAUGAAUAAUAAGAGUUAAUGUACAUAUUGUAUAUAAUCUACAAAGUUCUUGAAUAAAUGUAACGGGUGGAUUUCUAUUUUUAACACUGACUAGAUAAUGUGAAAUACUCAUUUUCUUUCUCUUUUUAGUUGUUUCUUUGAAAUGUAUUUUUUUAUUUCUUUUUUUAAUCUUAAAAUGACUCCCUAAUGUGUUGUACACCCCUAAAGUGUUUGCAUGGAGAGUAGCGUUUUCUUUACAUCGGUGAGCAUGUCAAAGCGUUGGUGCCCUGACAGAUGUGGCCUAUAAGCACUGAUAAUCCACAUGAAAUUCAUGAAAUGUGUGCAACCAUGGCCAUUUGUAGCACAUGCAUAGCCUAUUUCUAAUUACUGCAAGACAUGCUGGUAACAUGUACCUUCAUAUCAUCCUAAAUUUAAAUUAUUGUAUUCCAAGAUGGCGUAUUGUUAGAAGUCAGCCCCUUAUCAAUGAAGUGCCCAUGACUGAAUUUUGUGACAUCCUUGUCUAUCUGAGCAUGUUUGAUUUCAUCACUUGUAUCUGGUUUGUUUAAAAUAGUGUGCAACCUUGUGCUUGAAUCAUGAAAGGGUUUGGGUUUCGUGUGAGUGUAUGUGUGCAAGUGUGGUUAUCAUUAAAUUCUCUUUUAAACUUUCAGAAUCAUAGGUAUUUUAUAUUGAAUGCAGUAACUUAUGGGCCAGUACUAUAUUACUCAGUGCAAUGCAGUUAUCAUUACAACAAGACAAGUAAUUAAUGUUAUUUCUUUUGUAUUUGUACAGAACAAGUGUAAAGAUCAGCAAGGAAAACACAAGCUUUUUGAUACUGUGAGAAAUGGUGUUAAAAGUCAGUUUCCCUUGUACAGUUGUGAUUACCCACUCCUUUUAUAGAAUAAAAUGUUUUGGUGCAAA